AAAAAUGGAGUUCAGAUCGAGUGCACUGGGACCUGAAAACCACAAAUCCGCCCAUGGGAAAACUGGGAGGAUACAACAAGGCAUAUGGGUGCAGGGUGCGCGCCUGCGCGUUCCCGUGUUGAAGUUUCCCUGCAAGUUGAGGAAGAGAAGAGGAUUGCUGCGAGUGGAGCGGCGCAAGUCAACGGGAUAAAACAAUUAUAUCAAAGAAAAACACGGGAUGGAAGCGUAAAUUUCUUAAGGUUUUGUGUAAAAUAAAUACGCUAGUGUUUGCUAGUGUUUGUGGUGUUACCUCACUGGAAAAGUGGAGGCGUCAGCGGCAGGCUGGAGUUACUGAUCGACCUUUGAGCUAGAGCUCACUGGAAUCUGAAAAAGACCUUCCCGACAGACUGAGCAGUGACUCUUCACCCACUGUCAUCCUUCCCUUUUAAACUCAGACAGCCUCUAUGCUCAUCAAUCUGACUGUGGCCAUUAAGGAAUCACGUGCCUUUCAUGGAACACAGCCUGCCCUUCCCACCUCUUCCCCUGACGCUAUGGAAGUGACAGCCAUGGAUUCGCGUCCAGUGCUGGUUGCCCCUCCUCCGCCUCCCCUAGCACCUCCGCCUCCUCCACCCCCUCCACCCCCACCUCCACCUCCACCUGCAUCUUCCUUGCCAUUUAGCCGGGCGGAUAGUGCUCGUAGGAGUCGGCUGAGGAAGCUGAACUGGGAGCGUAUCCCCAAAGAGAAGGUGGAGGGCAGGAACAGUGUAUGGAGCGGUGCGGCCCCGGGGGAGGACGAGUUCCCCAUAGACCUUCAUUCUCUGGAUGAGUUGUUUGGUCAGAAAGACAGCAAGCCUCAGGACAGAACCAGUACCCUGAGACGCAGGUCUGCUCUGCUGCCUUGUAGAUCUCCACAGGACAGCUCGGCAGAGAUUUCUCUGUUGGACGCCAAACGCAGUAUGAACAUUGGAAUAUUUUUACGACAGUUCAAGAUGCCUGCAAAGGAGAUAGUUGAGGAUAUCAGGCAAGGUGCUGGGGAUCGUUACGGUGCAGAGAAGCUUGCAGAGCUCUACAAAUUACUGCCUGACAGUGAUGAGGAGUCUCGCCUGAGGAGGUUCAGUGGGGAGCGGAGUUGGCUUGGAGAGCCUGAUCUUUUCAUCCUGCUGUUGGUGGAAGUCCCCAGUUUUCGGCUUCGUCUGGAUGCUAUGAUCCUGCAACAAGAGUUUGACCCAGCAGUGACCUCUCUGUGUGUGGCAGCCAGAUGUCUGAGGGAGGCAGCCAGAGAGCUGCUGAGCUGUCCUGAAUUACACUCCAUCCUUCGUUUGGUGCUGAAAGCAGGGAACUAUAUGAAUGCUGGUGGAUACGCAGGGAAUGCUGCUGGUUUCCGUAUUUCCUCGCUGCUCAAACUGGCUGACACCAAAGCCAACAAGCCAGGCAUGAAUCUGCUGCAUUUUGUAGCUAUGGAAGCUGUGAAAAAGGACCAGAGUUUACUGUCAUUUCCCAGCCAACUAGGCCAUAUUGGCUCCGCCUCUAGGUUGAGUGAGGAGUCUGUGCUGGAGGACUUAUCCAAAUUAAAAAGCAAACUGGUGGCCCUCAGGGCAAACAUCGGGGCAGAGGCAGAGAUUCAGCAGCAUACACAAUCUUUCCUAGAGGUGGCAGAAGAGCGCCUGAAGGAAGCAGAGGAUGAGGUGGAGGGCAUGAGGAUGUCUAGUCAGGCACUGCUGGAGUUCUUCUGUGAAGAUGACAGCACCUUCAAACUGGAGGAGGCUUGCAGGGUCUUUCAUUUGUUUUGCCAGCGCUUCCAAAAAGCUGUCCAGGAGAAUGCAGAGCGGGAGCUGAAGGAGCAGAGACGGCUAGAGCGUCAGCGUGAGAUGGGGGAGAAGCGUCGCUCUCUGGCUGUCUGUACGGGGCUGGACUUGAGCCUCAGUCUCACCAGAGAGCCUCACAGUCAGGAGAAUCAAGAUGAGCUGGAGAAAAUCCUGGAGAAGAACCUGAGCUACACUUGGAGUCGACGUAGCCUAAGAAGCACUGACUCCCGCAGAAUUUCUCAUCACCUCCACAAUGACACCCGACUCCCUGUCUCAUCCACAGUCAAAAGCUUUCCUGAGCUGGGCAGCAGCCCGACGUCGACCAGUUAUCACUCUAACAGCUCCUCUGACCAUGAGACCACUACUGUGCUGUGUAGCUCGCCAGAGACUGAUGGCACAUGUUCUCCCAUUGACCAAGAACCUGUACUGGACAGAGGGAGCAGGUGUCAGCACAGCCACACAAGAAAUCGGAGCACGGAUGCCGUUCAGGACUCGCCCAUUGCUAUGCUUAGUAGGUCUCAGCAUGGACAGGGCUUCACAGUCAAGCAAUGUGGGCCUGAGAGCAUUUCUUAUCUCCCGGAAGGCCAACCGAAGGCAACAAGACUUGAAAAAGAAGCUGAGAGUUCGCAUGGACACAUGGAUUCAAUGACCACUGAAUCCUCACUCAGUUCCAGUACAAACUCUGCAGCUAUAUCCAAUGAUACACCUGCCCUUGCUGUUAAAAGCCAGACCUCCACUCAGAGACAGACAUCUGGCCUGCCAGUGACCAACAAGACUUCUUCUAUUCAGAGUAAAUCCAAUGACUCUUGUUCUGAUGACUCUGUACCUCACUCUCUUCAUACAAGUGGAAUAUUUUCACACAGUGACACAAAGGCUAGGUUGUUAAGGUACGAGAAAUCAACUGUAAGUGCUUCAGAGACGGUCCAGUUACAACCACAGGUGAGAGAGACAUCCAUCAUAACAACAAGUGCUGUGAUGCCUGAUGCAGGGUUAACAAAGCAGACUAAAGUGGCAUCCACUCCUGCAAGGGAGAACUGGAUGUCCUCCAGUCUGCCAGAGUUCAGCAAAUCACAGCCAGCGGAGUGCUCUGACCUGCCAAGUCCUGAGCGGGAGACUGCAAGGUCAUACUCCCGUGUGGGUGAAACACUGGAGUGCCAUACUCUAGUGAAAGGCCUCCGAUCAUAUGACGCCUUGUCACCCCCAACCUCCCCACUCCCACGACCCACGCCGAGCCUCUGCUCCAAGUGGAGGAAAGAAAGGGAGGUCGACCUUCGAGAGGGGACAACUCCAGGGUCUCCUACAUCAAAGGAGGAGGCUCGAACCAUGAAGAUCCCUGUCCGUAGCGGAAUAGGGGCCAAAAGAGGACUUGUGUCACGUUCGGGACCUUCCAAUAGCACGGGCAUUCCCAGAGUGCGUUCCAAAACUGAACAUUCAAAUGGAGCCUCAGCGUCUGCUAACCCACCCACUCCCAGCCGGCUGUCUGCUCCUCGCAGCAUAUCCAUGCGCUCGGUUCCUAUCACACGGCCUGCUGCUGUUCAGACGGAGGUGAAGCGCAGUAACAGCACACGGGAGAGGACUGUAAGUGAACCGCGGAUUCCAGGAAAGCCCACCUUGACCCGCAAGACCUCAGAUAGAUCCUUAUCAGAGAAGACUUCAGGCAGCACCCUGCCAGCCUUUGUGAGAGGAACUCCUCUCCGUGUGUCAAAACGACUCGCCCCUAACUCUGAGACUCAGGUGAACGCCCAGCCUCGCACUGCCCACAGCCCAUCCUCCGCCACAGCCAAGACCAUUCGCACAGCUGUCAUAUCUGCUGCACGUAAUAAAGCUGCCUCUCCCGCUGUUUCUAAAAUCCCCACAGCUUCACGGAUACCUGGUCCCAAAAUGCCUCGAGCUACUACAGCUCAGCCACUGUGGAAGUGAUCGAAGUAGAUAUGUGCUUGUAUUGGACAAUUUGUUCACAGUUCUCAUGCCUUUUUGGAUUUCAGUCUAAUAUAUACAGUUUGGGUAUUCAUGAAGAGUAUGAGCUGUCAGUCAAACUUCUGGUAUUAAUCAGCUUCAGUGAAAUGUGUUUGUAGUUUUGAGUGUUUAGGUUCUACAUGUGUGAGAAAGAGCUGCACUGGCAACUUUGGUGACAUUUAAUAUACUUAAUAGAGUAGUAGAUCCUCCAAAUCCUACCUCUUUUUACACUCAUCUGUGUCCUUUGCAGGCAACAGGACACCACAAGAAGACCCAUCUCACGUUUUUUGUGUGUAGACCAAUUUAAUUUACAUCAGUGAAACACAACCAAGUGGCAUUACUGUGUGCCUACUCCAUACAAGUGCGCUUUGCAAUUGGGGACACUGUUUCAGUCUGUCUAGCAUUAUUGUUAUUUUUUUUAUUUUUUAGGAAAUCAUCUGAAUGUUUUGAAUACUGUGACCCUGCCACUAAGUGGUCAUUGUGUUUUCACCUUUGGCUGUCUUACAGUCCACACUGAACUUGGUACAAUAUCAAACUGUUCAUUCUCUUUUUGAGAGGCCUCAUCUUUCUGAUGCACUUUAUAAAUUGAAGAAGAGGCUGCAAGGAGAUACUGUAAUGUGUGUCAUUUUUAUUUUAUGUCAAAAUAUUCUAUAACUUUAUUGAAUAGCAUUGGUUGUUAUUCACUGUGUUCUGUGGAUUUAUAAAUAAGAGAAGAUGAAUAAAGAUGGUGAUCUGAAUAUCA